CCGCCGCCGGUGAGGAGCCGCUCCGGAGAGGCUCCCCCCGGGCUUGUUUAACCUUUCCCGGGUGCGAGGAGCCCACUGACCCGGGCCCCCCGCUUUCCCACCCGCGGCCCCCAGCUUUCGUGGGGAGUUGUGCCUUGACAGGGGUUGCCUUCGUGUUGAUCUCUUGGCAGAGGGGGCUUUGCUGGAUUGCUCUGCGGGGUCAGGUGUGACGGCUUUGGAAAGUCAGCCCUCUGCUUUGGAUUGAAAAAGACAGGAAUGUUUUAGUGAGCUGCAGUGGAUGGAAACUGUAGGGGGAUUGCAGGAGACAUGUGGGCCUAAACUGUCGUAAAUGCUUAAAUAAUUUUGAAACCCCAGCUUGUCUGUUUUCCUCCUCCUUCAGCCAUUUUUUUUCUUUUUUUUUUAACCACAGACGUUUCUCAGCAUUGUUUUAACAGCAUAUCAGUGCAGUGUCACCGUGUCACUUCACAAGAAUUAAAUACUUCAAGUGUGGUGAGAGAUGUAUUGCUUCCAACAGUGUGCUUGAGUCCUUCCAUGUUCCUGGUGCAUGCAGAUUACAGCUGUGUGCCGACUGAUUGCAGGGAACAGGAGGAACCACAAAGUGUAAAAGUGCAGAUUUUUCAAAAAAUUGAGUGAAGUUAGAGGAUAAUGAAUUACGUGAGGAAAUAAACUGUUUAGUGGAAAUAAGGAAACUAGAAAUAAUUCUGGAUUAUUUGGGAUAACAGGGCUGAGUCCAUGCGUUUUUGUUGAGCUGCAUCUGCUCGCACCCUCAGCUCCUGGAGGUUCAGCCUCCGCUGUGCUUGUCCCACGGCAGCUCUUUAAUUAAUCUCUUGGUAACAUCAAGAAACUCUUUAAACUUACUAGAUGUUGAAAACUUGAUGGCAAGUUGUGGACCAUCUCUCACAUUGGAGUAAGAAGCAGGAAGAGCUGAUAAAAAGGGCCUGCAUGGGCAAUUGUACGUCGAUAUUGUAUUGUCAAAUGACAGGUUUUUCUUCCACAAAAUACCAUACUUAUUUCUCCGGCCUCAGCUGUUACUAUAGGAGGUGGGAAUACCAAGGGCUGUACUUAAUUUUCCCCUUGUAAUCCCUGUGCCACAAAACAGGAGCGUAGUCUCUGGAUCAGUGUUUUGGAUAAUGCUGUGGGCUGCUCCGGUGGGCUCUCUGCGUUUCACACUUCUCCUUUUCCUGGUGCCCUUUCCAAUGCAGUUCUUCGUGACUGUAUUUUCCUUGUUUGGCUGACAGGGAGUUUAAUGUUUAUUCUGAUGCUGAGGCCAGUGCUUCUAUUUGAACAGAUUUGGAAUGGAGAUCUGCUCCCAUAAUAAUAGGGAACUUAAGUACUAUUUUAUUUAUUUUGGUUUGUGUUGAUAGUUACCUAUGUUUUAAGUGCUACAAGUGUGUUAUAAACUAAGAACAUACUUACAAUUGUGAUUUAAACGUUAACAGAGAGGAAGGCAAACAUUAUACUCUGUCGUGCAGUUUGUAUCCGUACAGUUUAAAUAAUUGUAAUCAAUUGUAAUAUUUUUGAUAUUUUGGGAUUUUUUUCAAGAUAAACUAAAAUAAUCUAAGUUUUAAAUACAGGUUAGCUUGGUUUUGUUGAUUUUUUGUUUUAUUUCAGUAUAUAAGGCAUAGAAGUAGGCAAAUGCAGUAUUUUGUAUUUCUAUACAAAUUCUUCCUAAAUUCUUUUUCCUCUGCUAAACACUUUUCAGUGUUUAACUGUAGACAACUCUAAUUUGCAUUAGGUACUUGGUUGAGUUCAGUGUUACACUGGCUGGGUAAUAUCUUUGAGAACUUUGUGUAGUAGGAAGCUCCUUUAAUACUGUGAAAUUCUAAAAGAGCUGGGACAGGUGGUUUUUUUCUUCAUUUCAAAACCAUCAUGAUGUGUGUUUUCCCAGAGUUCUGAGUUAGACAUGAGAGUUCAGACUGAACUGCUAAAACUGCUAAUUGCUGGGAUUAUUUCCAUCUACUAGCCUUCUAGGAUAACUAGUAAUUAAAGCUAUGAUUAAAAUCUACAUACAUAAGAACAAGAUGAUACAAAUACUGAAAUUUGCAGCCAGUAUGAGAAGUCUGAUGUUGGAAAAACAUUGCCCUUUUAGCUAUUUAGAUUACAGAGCAACAAGUGAGGAACUGAGGGUACUUAAUGGCACUAAAAUUAAGCAAAAUGGCUGUUCUCUCUGUUGUUCAUUUGAAGAUGUAAUGAGGAUUUCAAUGCAUUAUUCUACCUUGUGGUGGAAGCUUUAUGAGAAUGUGUAUGUCCUUUUAAAACGGAGGUAUUUCAGUAACGGUUUUGUAGGUAGGUCUUUCUGAGAUGUGCUUUCAUUAUUAAUUUUCUAAAAUCCUAGAUAGUCAGGAAACAAAAAAAUCGUUUAUUCUUAGGUCUGUUAUUGGAGUCCCGUGGGAUUCAAACAAACAAUUUGAUUGCUUGUUUGAUAAAAGGGUAAUAGUUUUGCUUACAUUUCAGUGAUACUAAAUAUGCAAAGCUGUACCAAAAUUCUGCUUACGUAAUGUUGACCAGCCAGCUGUGUUUAUUAACUGAUUGGACUUUGCUGUCCAGCACCGAUACCAUCUGCAUUUGUCCCUUGGACAAGCAAUUUUUUGAAGGGGGGAAAGAAAUUAGUCUAUUCUUAUGAAUUUAAAUUUGUUGUCUGGCCACGGUUGUUUGGGAAUCUUUAUUUUAAGAAUUGUUAAUACAAUUAACUGCAUAGGUAGAAGUCGGGUUUACGUUUUGCUCCUAAAAACUUCCUGCAUGCUUGUGCUUUCUUCUUGGGGAGAGUAGGUGAAAAUAAGGUAUGCUUUACUAUCUGCAAAGACAAUAUUUUGUGAUGUUGCCUGUACUGAUCCUGGAGAAAGCAGUAAAGAGAAAAUUAAGCUGGCUGCAUGAGAUUUGUAUUGGGCGGUGUAAUUAACUAGUUCACAUGGCUUCCUACAGCUAAGGGGUUCUCCUGGGUAACUUUGAGAAGCCCAAGAGGAGUCUUCCAGUUUAGCCUUUUGCUGUGUGGAUGUGGUUGCCUAUUUCUGGAUUAACUGCUUUUGCAUAUUGCGCUGUGCCUCAUGGACGGAGGUCCUGGCUAGGAAGGGAUCUUUGUGCCGUGCUCCACUUUGUGUCACUAACGCUUGUUCUUGCUGAGAGAUGUCUGAGCGUUAGUUUGUGUGCUCUACUGUGACCCUGACCAGUAGCACGUUAGGCUAUAUCUGUGCAUAGUGGCCCCCUGCAGCGUGGUGGUCCUUUGAGAGUAGCAAUUAAAAUAAUGAAAGGAGAGUGAUGUUAAGUUGCAGCUGGAUCUAGCUAGCUGCUUUGAAGGUGAGAGAAUCCAAAGAAGUACUACAUCUGCCUUCAUGAUAAUCCCCCUUCUAUGGCUGGGUUGUUUGGGUGUUAGAGUUUUGCUGAUAGACUGAUAAAGCCUGUUGUUGUGUUGUGUAUGUUUUGACAAUGAAGGUGAUAGAACAGUAUGAAGAUAACUGAUUUUGGGACAGAACUGCAUGCUUCCGCUAUUGCUUGCUAAAGAGAUCUGAGUAGUGAAUAAAUUUAAACAACAGUGCCUUUGCAAAGCAAGGGGGGAGAGUUUUCGGAGGAAAGAAAAGGAAGUGUCAGACCAUAAAUGAAAUGUUUUCCCAGUAAGGUCUGAGGUAAAGAAGUACAGUGCAGGGUUCAUAUCCCCGAACACGUUUGUAGAGCUGUGUAGGUAAGUGAUGGCGGGCCUUUGCCCAGAAAGGUGCAGAAAAGGAGCGUAAUUUCUGUUGUUGCAAAGUCUUUCUGACACGUACAGUGAUUACUGGCAGGUCAUGGUAAAGCUCUAAGAGAAGGAACAAGUGUUUUAAAAAAUUUGCAAGUGAAGUUUCAUGUCUUUAAAAAUUUCCAAUUGUAUACCUGUCCAUUAUAGAUACAUACAUUUUAUGGUGACAUGCCUGUAUGUUGGGAGAUUUUCAGAGACUCAGGAAGGAAUACCUAGCAUUCUAGGGAGCUUCUAAAAAACGGGCAGACAAAUUUAGGGGAAGAGGAGGUUCUUUUUCCCCUAUCCCCUUUCAGUUCCCCAUUCUGUGUCGGCAGACGUAAGUAGUUGUAAGUGGAGAGCGAGCAGUAGGAGAGCCGAGGGGUGGAGGUGAGAGCAGUGGCAGAAGGACAGUGCAAGCUGUGCUGAGUGAGGUGUGCCCGUGUGCAUGUACCUACCUUCAUGCAGCUGUACAGGGAAAUGCAGUGCGGAGAAUAGUUCGCUAUGAAAGUUCGGUGCCACAUUUGAGACUUUUUGUUGCUAUUUAGUUCCUUUUAUUCAGAUUCUAGAGGCAACUUACUUCAAGUAACACUUUUGUACAACUAAUUUCCAAGCUUAAACUCUUGCUGUGGGGGAAAUAGUUUUUAAUAAUGCAUUUAAGAAUUCGUUAUGUUAAUACAGGUACAGUGAAAGAGUCUGGUGAGAAACAUAAGGGAUCUGUUGAAAUUCCUAACCUGUCAGAAGAAAAUGAGGUAGAUGAUACAGAGAUAAACGUUAGCAAAAAGAAGGGAGAAGGUGAUGUUCUGAAGGACCUUAUGAGAACUGAAGGAACCAUGAAAGUCAGGGAGGCCCUGAGAGAUUACCUGAAAGCACUUAAAACAGAGUUUACCUUGGGAAUGAUUCUGCCAACAAAAGCUGCUGUUGGUCAGGAGCCGGCCGCAGAGCAAAAACCAAGUGGGAACACCGUGCAGGAUUGUGUUUCACCACAGCCUUUGGAUAUAGUUGGUGUCAAAAUUCCAACAGUGAAGAUACUUAUGAGAGAAAUAUUCAGCUCUCCAGCGGAUGAACUUUAUAGCAUCUUCACAACUAAGGAAUUGGUACAGAAGUUUUCUAAAUGUCCUGCUGUGAUCGAAGCUGAGAAAGGAGGCAAACUGCUGAUGUUUGAUGGUUGUGUCAGCGGUGAAUACGCAGAACUGGUCCCAAGCCAAAGAAUCGUCCUGAAGUGGAGGUGUAGAAGCUGGCCUGACGAACAUUAUGCAACGGUUGCCUUGAAUUUCAAGGAUAUGGCUGCUCAGACAGAACUGGAGUUGGAGUGCACAGGAGUUCCUGUCUCUAAUGAAGAAAGUACAAGACAAUGCUGGAAGAAGCAGUAUUUUGAAGAAAUUCGUACUUUACUGCAGCAAUCCAAAGACAGCAUGGAAUGACAACAGCACUGUAGUUUUGUUAGGGCAUUACUUUUUAUACGUUGUUAACAUUUGUUUUUUUUUUAAAAAGUAAUUUAUUUGUGGGAAGAAUAAAGACCCACUUAUAUGAUACUGUAUAUAAUUUAAGCAUUAUUUAUGGAUUUUUUUAGUGAAUGAGGUGGCGAGUAAGUUGGACUAUGUAUAUAAACAGCUUUACUUGGGGAAACUGAUCUCUGUUCUGCUUGCCUGCAACUUAACUUCAGAGAGCAAUAGCGAUCCAGCUGCAGUAAAGCACUGCCCUCAGAGGUAGGUAACCUCCAGGAACCAACAGGAAGCAUUGGUAGAUCUUUAAUACUCAGUGUAUCGAGUGGCAAAACUAAAUCCCUCUAGGAGAUGGGGUGCCCAGCACACGUAAACUGAAAGAGAUUAUAAAACUGCUGAUACGUUGGAUCUUUCAAGAAAUCUGGGGGAUAUAGUUUACAGCCUAUUUAAAUACUUUUUAAGAUUGCUUUAUCUGCAGAAUGAAUUUGUUUCUAACUCUGUAGAUAGUUUUAGGGAAAGAUAAUUAACAAUGUCAUGUAAUUUGGGUUGGUAUAACGGUUUCCACUGUUAAGACUGCAUGCACUGGACUCCCUUACUUGACCUUAGUGUGAAAUUUAUUUUGGAAACAGUACAGUUUGGAAACACAGUAAUAAUGCUUUCCUUUUGCAAUUCUGUAAACCUUCCACUUAGAUCAUUUUUGGCCCUCUGCACUUCCAUAGUUCAAAUUAAAGUGAGCAACUGUUUGUUAGAGAAAUCUGAUAGGAGGGAUAUUAGAAGUAAAGAAUUGUCACUCUUAAACCACAUUAAGGUUAGCAAGGAUAAUCUAAUUCUCAAAUGCUUUAUAAAAAGUGUAUAAAUUAAGUAUGCAAAUUUGAAACAAAUUAACCAAAAAAGGGCACCCUGCCUUUGGAAAACGUGGUUGGCUCAAUAAAAUACGUAAUUUUACAUGCA